AUGAUUCAACAGCCUCCCGUCCAAGACUUGUCUUCGCUCAACCGGAGAGGUUCUAUGCCAUCUCGUUCUUGCAGGGCCGAUGGCCACGGUGUAUCCGCCACGGUUUGUGCUAAUUGUUCUACCACUACCACACCCUUGUGGCGAAGAGCGCCGAACGGAGAGACGAUUUGUAAUGCAUGUGGGCUUUACCUGAAGGCCCGCAACACUGUUCGCCCACCUUGGUUAAAACGCAACGCAAUCAAGAAAGCCACUCCUGCUAUUUCGGAAGCUCCCGUUAACAAUAGCGGUGGCACCUGCCCUGGUGAUGGGCACUGUGAUGGCACCGGAGGAUCAAGCUCCUGUGAUGGUUGUCCGGCUUACAAUCAACAUCAGGUCAACCGUCAAGCUUUGGUUUGUGCAAAUUGUGGGACCAAUACCACUCCUUUGUGGCGCAGGGAUGAGGCUGGAAAUACGAUUUGCAAUGCUUGCGGUCUUUAUUUCAAGUUACAUAAUGUUCAUCGACCUGUGACCAUGAAAAGGUCUGUAAUCAAGCGACGCAAGCGAGUUGCCUUAGCAUCUUCACCUCCUCCACAAGUUCACCAUUCAAAUGGUUCUGACAACGAACGAUCCCACAAGAGACCUCCCACUCCAGCAUCAACCUCCGGAUCUGAACGUGGUUAUUUUUCCUCUGAUGAUGACAUUUGUUCAAUUGAGGAUUUGUCUUCCGUAAGUCGUAAGAGAAAGGCUGAUGAUUCGACGGUUUCCAAUGGUAAACGUCGAUGUGGAAACAAUGGCAGAGCAUCCGCAAUCGAAGAUCAUCAUUACACUUCUAGACGUAGUAGUGCUCAUCAUCAUCAUCACGGUCGUCAAAUCAAUGAUGAUGAACGUCGCAGGAGCUUAUCUCCCGUUGAACCUUCUUUGAAUUCUGGAAUGCCUCAGGUUCACAUUCACCAGAAUAACAACUCUUCUUAUGAUGGCCAUAUCUUGGGAACACCGAACGUUCCAUUACCGUCUGUCUUUUCUGGUCAAUUUGGUAAUGACAGUUCGGCUCCAUCUCAAACCCAAAACUCGAGUUCAAUUUCUGCAUUGUUGAAUCCUAGCCCGGCAAAUAAUGUUGGACCUCAAUUGGCUCCAAUCAAUUCCGGUCAACCUGCAACUACCGAAGCCACCGGCACCAAAGGAAUGUCUAUGGGCUUGCCUGUCCCCAUGAACGCUCAUCACCCAUCUCAACCAAUCCAAGGCGUCAUUCCACCCAUGGCCAACUCAGUUCCUGAUCCCAACCUUACCCAUCAAGUUUUGCAAGCUCACCGUCAGGAAUUGCAACGUGAAGUUUCGCAUCUUAGUAUGCUGUUGAACAGGACUACUGCAAUCUUGGUUGGAUUAGACCAAGCCAUGGCUUCAAAUGCCGUAAAUCGUAGUGGUAUCGAUUCGUGUAUGACAUAUAGAUCCUCAACUGACAAUGGAUCUUUGCUUGGUAACAACAGAAGUACCUACGUUGGCUUGCCAACUCCACCUGUCGUUUCCGUGGGACAGCAAUCAUACAUUCUCCCACCACUGUCUCCGUCUUCAUCUUCUGAUAGCCAA